ACUCAGCGAGCAGAGAGAGGCGGAGCAACUCUGCAAGAGAACCAGGAGCGUCUCAGCGUCACACUGCGGAAACGACACCUGAGGGACUCACGCGCCUUUAUAUCUAACAUACACAUACAGAGAUGUCUGCUGCCAGCAGCCUCCUCUCUGAAGAGCAGUUUCAGUGCUCCAUCUGUCUGGAUGUGUUCACUGAUCCAGUCACCAUACCAUGUGGACACAACUUCUGCAAGAGCUGCAUCACUAAACACUGGGAUAUUAAAGUCCCGUGUGAGUGUCCCCUGUGCAAAGAUGUCUUUAAAAAACGUCCUGAGCUGCGAGUCAACACGUUCAUAUCUGAGAUGGCUUGUCAGGUCAGGCAGUCGACUGCAAAGAAAACCAGCAGCUGCUCAGUCCAGAGAAGUUCUUCCUCUGGAGAAGUUCUGUGUGACGUCUGCUCUGAGACCAAAGUGAAGGCCCUGAAGUCCUGCCUGAUGUGUCUGGCCUCCUACUGUGAGACUCACCUGGAGCCUCAUCACAGAAUCCCAGGCCUGAAAAAACACGAGCUGAUGGAUCCUGUGGAGAACCUGGAGGACAGAGUCUGUAAGAACCACGACAGACCUCUGGAGAUGUUCUGCAGGACGGAUCAGAUGUGUGUGUGUCAUUUCUGUAUCGAGUCAAGUCACAAGACACAUGUCUUUGUUCCAAUGAUGGAAGAAUACAAGGUGAAGAAAACUAAACUGGUGAAGUCAGAGGCCAACAUUCAGCAGAGGGUCCGGGAGAGAAGACUGAAGAUCGAGCAGAUCAAACAUUCAGUGAAGCUCAGCAGGGAGGACGCAGACCAAGAGAAAUCAGCCAGCGUGCAGGUCUUCACUGCUCUGAUCCGGUCUGUGGAGGAAGGUCUGGCUCAGCUCCUGGACUUGAUUGAGGAGAAGCAGAAAGAAACAGAGGAACAGGCUGAAGGCUUCAUCGGAGAGCUGGAAGAGGAAAUCUCUGAGCUGAUGAAGAGAGGUGCUGAGGUUGAGCAGUUCUUACUCACUGAAGACCACCUCCAGUUCCUCCAAAACCUCCCCUCACUUAGCCCUGAUCCACCCACCAAAGACUGGACAGAGGUCAGAGUUCACUCAUCGUAUGAGGGGACUGUGAGGACCGCUGUGGCUCAGCUGGAGGAGACUGUCAGUGAAGAGGUGAAGAAGCAGCUUCAGUCUGAGCAGAAGAGGGUCCAGCAGUUUGCUGUGGACGUUACUCUGGAUCCUGAAACCGCAAAUCCAUAUCUCAGAGUGUCUGGUGACAAGAAACAAGUGUAUUAUGGUAAAAGACAGAAUCUUCCAGAUAACCCAGAGAGGUUUUCUCAGAAUGUUUGUGUUUUUGGAAAGCAGAGUUUUUCAGCAGGGAAAUUUUAUUUUGAGGUUCAGGUUAAAGAAAAAACUACAUGGCAAUUAGGAGUGGCACAAGGAUUAAUCCACAGGAAGGAAAGAAUCACAUCAAGCCUACAGACAGGCCCUUGGCUUAUAAUGUUGACGAAUGGAAACGAGUACAGGCCCCUUCCUGGUUCUUCUGUCCUCCUCUCCUUGAAGUCAGCACCACAGAAGGUGGGGGUGUUUGUGGACUAUGAGGAGGGUGUGAUCUCCUUCUAUGACGUAGAUACAGCAGCUUUCAUCUACUCCUUCACCGGCUGUAACUUCACUGGGAGACUCUUCCCCAUCUUUGCUCCCAGUGAUAAUACUUCAGACAGGGGCUGCAUCUCAAAGCUCUUAACGCUGCUCAGAGGAGAGAGGAGAGAGGAACGAGGAGACUGAUCGGAGGAGCCAUAAUUGAGGAAACAUGAGUGCAAACUUCACUGAAUUCUUUCCUCUGACAGACACGUCCCCUUAUCGAAUACCACUCACUGAUUGGACGCUGCAGCAGCUCGGACUUCUCUGAAACUUCACAUCACUUGAGUUUAACAAAUAGAGAAAAGACAGACCAUAAAACAGUCUAUAAGGGUGCCCUGAAACAGACCUUCGGUUUCUGAACAGUCUGUACUUGUUGAGCUGAGAUUAUAAAGUGUUUGAUGUGAGUUUUAAACACAAAAUACUGAACUUAUCAUAAAUUCAAUUUAACAGAGGAUGGGUUAUGUUAUAUCUGAUUGUUUAUUUCAGAUACA